CGUGUAUACGCAUAGUAGUACAAAUUGCGAUAGAAUCGCAAUGGCUACUGGCGAGGCUUGAGCUUUUUAUGUUAUGAGCUUGUAAACUGCGUUCAGCCAUUAAACCCUCUCUGGGUGUUAAUUUGUUGAAGAUGCCCUCAGCACGGUUCUCUACCAAUCCUUCAUAUUUCCCCAGUUACAGCAAUGCCACCACUCGACGGCCUACAACAGCCCAAUCAAGCUCUGGAUACCCCCGGACAGUGAGACCAACAACAGCAGGAACCAGUGUUGCGUCUCAGGAGAUUAUCUGUGCCAUUAGUGAAUCCCGUGGAAUAUCCCCGAGUGUUGGCCUGGCAUUUGUGAACGUCUCCACUGCAGAGGCCGUCUUUUGCCAAAUAUGUGACAGCCAAACCUAUGCCCGGACCAUUCAUAAACUGGCCGUGUUUGAUCCAACGGAAGUCCUCUUCAUGAAAACUGCUAAAGAACCGCGGUCAAAGCUUUACUCCAUUGUGGAGGAGAACCUACCUCAUUUAACCGUUAGUUCCGUUGAUAGACGAAUGUGGGCUGAAAGAACUGGCCAUGAGUAUGUCGAGCAGCUUGCCUUUAGAGAAGAUCUUGAGUCUAUCAAGAUGUCUCUCGAAGGCAACUAUUUCGCGACAUGCUGCCUUGCUGCGGCGCUCACCUAUAUUGAGACGGAGCUCUCCAAGACAUUUUCUCACCAUUCUCUCCGUAUCAAAUAUGAGCCGUCUGAAGGAUCCAUGUUAAUUGAUCUAUCUACAAUCAUUUCCCUAGAAUUGAUCCAAAAUCUUCAGAAUUCCAAGUCUCGGGAUUGCCUUUUCGGAGUGCUCAAUGAGACUCUGACCCCAAUGGGCUCUAGGCUCCUUCGCAGUAACGUUCUGCAACCAUCGACAGAACAGGCCAAGCUUUCAGCUAGAUAUGAAGCUGUCGAGGAACUGAGCACAAAGGAGGAAAUGUUUUACUCUGUUCGGCAGGCUCUCAAGUCAUUCGUUGAUUCAGACAAAGUCCUCACCUCUCUCAUUGUUGUACCGACAAAAGUGACCUUUCAGCAUGCCGAACAAUCAAUCAAUAACGUCAUCAUGCUCAAAACCUAUGUUAACGCGAUUAAGCCUAUAUACCAAGCUUUAUCAGGUGCACAAAGCACGCUUUUGUUAGCAAUCCGCAAUCUGUGUGCACCCCAAGAGUACGACACGAUCGUAGACAUGAUCAACGCCACGCUGAACGAAGAUGUUACUUAUCAAUCGCGGCCGUUAGACCUACGAAACCAGCGCACAUAUGCAGUGAAAGCUGGAAUUAACAGCCUUCUCGACGUUGCAAGACAGACAUACAAGGAGGCAAAUGACGACGUAGUUGCGUUGGCGGCGCAGCUAGGAGAUGAAUACGACCUGGCUUUUGACCUGAGGUUCGAAACCGGUCGACACUAUUAUUUCCGAUUAUUAGUAUCGGCUCUGGACAACACCCCACUACCCGACAUUUUCAUCAAUAUAUUCAAGAAGAAAACAUAUAUCGAGUUCCAAACCCUGGAUCUUGUUAAGUUAAAUAGAAAAAUCACUGAUGCUCAUAACGAGGUGAUUAAUAUGAGCGAUCGAAGCAUUCAAGAAUUGAUAGAAGAUAUUCGGUCGCACAUAGCUGGGCUCUUCCGUGUAAGCGAAAGCAUCGCCUUGUUGGACAUGCUUGCAGACUUCGCACAUCUUGUAACCAUGCAAAACUAUGUGCGGCCAGAACUCACGGAUACCUUAGCAAUCAAAGCUGGCAGGCACCCGAUUCGAGAAAAGAUUCAUACGGACAAGUACGUGCCGAAUGAUGCAUACGCCACUCAGCAAUCGCGGUUUCAAAUUGUCACGGGAUGCAACAUGAGCGGCAAAAGCACGUACAUCAGAUCCCUCGCCUUGAUGACUGUAAUGGCGCAGAUCGGCUGCUUUGUUCCUGCGCAAUAUGCGUCGUUCCCAAUAGUCCAUCAGUUAUUCGCACGAGUGUCGACAGACGACAAUGUCGAGGCCAACGUUUCUACCUUUUCUGCCGAGAUGCGUGAAAUGUCUUUUAUUCUUCGCAAUAUAGAACCAAAGAGCAUGGUAAUUAUCGACGAGCUCGGUCGCGGUACCAGCACCACUGACGGUCUCGCCAUUGCUAUCGCAAUCGCUGAAGCGCUUAUCGAAAGUCACGCACUGGUCUGGUUCACGACCCAUUUCCAUGACCUGGCCAAGAUUAUGGCAGAGAGGAACGGCGUUGUCAAUCUACACCUUGCCGUCGACAUGUCACCCUCUACUUCGAAAAUGACAAUGCUCUAUAAAAUUGCGGACGGAUUCGUCAAGGACAAACACUAUGGUCUCUUCCUCGCCAGACUUCUCCCGUUCCCGCAACCCAUGCUGCGUAAGGCUCAAGAAGUUUCGGAAGCACUGAGUUUGAAGAUCGAGAAUCAACGGAAACGCUCGAAAACUCUCGCUAUUGCGAAGCGGAGAAAGCUCAUUCUGGACCUUAAAGAGCAGCUAUUGCAAGCUCGAGAAGGCGUGUUGGAAGGUGAGGCUCUCCGAACCUGGCUGAAGAAAUUGCAGCAAGAGUUCACUUUGCGAAUGGUGGCACUUGAUGCAGAAGUCGACACAGCAGACGACGACGAGAUGGAUGUGGAUGAAAGUCGGGAUAUCCAGCCGUCAGUAUCUCUUGACCUUGAUCCCGGGCCGGUUCCUACUACAGAAUCCGAGCCCAUGACAAAUCUUACAGCACCAUCCGCCCACCUCUCCGCUCCUUCCUCGCAGUUGGAGAAGUCCGAGAAGUCCCCAUCAAUUCCGUGGUCAUCAUCCGUAGUGGAAUGUUAGACUGUUGCCUCUGAGAAAUCAGAAGCAUCGGCUUUGAAAAAUCCGCAAAAAUUUCUGUUUGAAGAGGAUGGAACUCCCCUCGAGUUUUAAUGAUGUGGCCACGCGCGUAUCUUUAUAGGAUGCUAUUUUCACGUAUUAGCCUCGAUAGAUAUAUUGUGCAGUAAUCAGGUAUUGACGAACCUUUCCCCCAAUUAUCGGUUGUUAAUUUGAAUUCACAAAGAGUAUGCACUAUACUUACAUCUUACCAAUUUAUGUUCACUUAUCUGUGCAUUUCUCUGAUAAUCAUCAUAUAGCAUGUAUGGCGACAAAUAUUUUAGAUUGCAUGUAUGUAACUACGCAGCAGCUUCCCGGAAAAAUAGCCUGAAAUGACCAAAUGAAAAUCUCCUGAGCUUCCUCGAGUAGGGGUGAACUUCGAACCGCACCGCAGUAUGGAGGUGUAGAGGCGGCUGUUCGACACUUGAGUGUACACUUGGAAUUUAGCCGAAGCUUUCAAUACCGAGCUCAAAUAAUUU